UUCACGCACGAAAAGACAGCAGAAGGUAUAACAUAAGUCUAUGGUCCGCAUAAAAGACCAACAGUGACUUAGCUCUUGUCAAAAGUCUGACUUGUUUUACUGGCGGGAAAAGCCGUCCUAACUUAAGUCACCGUCAGUAAUGGACGGUGCCAUGUUGGUGGCUGAAGAACCCAAAAGUGCAGCGGAGCUGAGAGCCUCCGACCAAGCUGUCUCAUACAUGUCCGGCAUUGAGCCCUCGGAGCUGCAGAGGUGUGUGUUUCCGGAGUCUCUGGUGAUGGUGUCGGAGGACAGCAGAGAUUUGGGGACAUUCAAAGUGGAAGUGGAGUUUUCCCGUCGCCUCGAGCAGCCUUGCAUGCUGCUACAUGCUCAAAGCCACGGAGCAGCUGGUGGUCACCCCUGUGGGACGACGGUGACAGCCUUCAUAAGUGUUGACCUGGAGGUGCUGGAGGAGGAUUGCUUCGAGUAUGCAAAGGCUAGUUUAUACCACCGUGUGGAAAAGAGGAGCCACAUGGUGCAGAGUGAUGGGAGGAUGCUGAUUGAUAAAGUCACCACUGUAGGAGAGGAGGUGACAAAAGAAAGUGCCUCCUAUGCCAUGUCUGACCUCAGAGGGCUGGUCACUGAAGGCUCCAGCCUGCUGCUGAUGCGUCUGCUCGCUCUGAGGAAGGAGGUCCCCGAUCGCAUGGCCUUUAUCUCCUUGGAUCAGAGUUUGCAAAUCACCCCCACCACUUUUAGCGAGCUGGGCAGGAAGCAGAUGGAAAUCGGCGACGAGGUCCUGGAGGUGUUUGGGAUACAGAAGAUGGUUCACUCUGUGGAGGGGAGCUCCCCUACCUGGCAGUGCUUCUUCCUGCAAGAUGGCCAUUUGGCCAGCAGGAUGCAGGUGGGAUCCCCCGUCACCACGAAGCUUCUGCAGCUGCCAUCAAAGUCACAGAAAGGUUUUCAUUUCUACACGUGUUUUGAAAAAAUCCCACUUGUGUGGGAGGAGGACAUGCAGAUGCACUCUAACUUCCUGGACAGAAAGGCGGAGCUGAAGGCGGCCCACACUUCGUACCUGAGGCAGCACCCUGAAAUUCGAGCCCUCAUAUCUGACUUCUUGCAGUUCUUGCUGCUGAGGAAACCAAACGAUGUUUUCCAGUUUGCCAAAGAGUAUUUUAUCCCCUUUUCUUCCACCCAUCCUCCAGAUCAAACCUGAUACUCCAGACUCCAGCCCCCGUAUAAAGGAAACAUGGGGCUUUGUGAUCGGUUCAGUAACUUAAUAGAGUUUAAUAAAGUUUGGUGUACCAAUGGCAUUUGACUGCUAAGCAAAGUGACUCGUGUAUAAAGCUUAUUCCAACCGUAGGAGUUUCCCUAUCGGUUUCCGGGAAAAGGCGGAGUGGCUGUUUUGAAAAAAAAAGUGCGUG